AUGCAUGCAUGCCCUAGAAGUGUGCGGAUCGGCAGCGCGGUGCAGCGCCUGACCCAUGGGGGCUGGGUGCCGAGCUUCUGCCUCCCGCCGUCGGCAGACCCGGUGGGCGCCUAUAUCCACCUCCCAUUCUGCAAGCGCAAGUGCCUGUACUGCGACUUCCCCGUCAUCGCGCUGGGGCGGGCGGUCGACGUCGCCGCCCCCGUCCCCGCCAUCGAGGCCUACGUGGGAUCCCUGGAACGGGAGAUCGCCGCCACGCCCGCCCAGAACCCUCAUCCUCUCCAGAGCGUCUACUUUGGAGGCGGCACCCCUUCAUUGACCCCGCCGCCGCUCGUCGAGCGCCUGCUGCACGCGCUGGAGCGUGCCUACGGCAUCGCCCCCGGCGCCGAGGUCAGCUUCGAGGCCGACCCGGGCACCUUUGACGCGGGCCGCCUGCGCUCCCUCCAAGCGCUGGGCGUCAACCGCCUAAGCGUGGGCGUGCAGGCCUUUCAGGACGACCUGCUGCACCGCUGCGGCCGGUCACACAGUGUGGCCGAGGUCCACGCAGCGAUCGAAGCCAUACACGCCGCAGGCGUGCCGGCCUGGAGCCUGGACCUCAUGUCCGGGCUGCCAGGCUUAGACCCCGGUGCCUGGGCCGCCAGCCUGGAGGCCGCGGUGGCGGCCGCGCCCACCCACGUCUCCGUCUACGACCUGCAGGUGGAGGCGGGGACGCCCUUUGCCGCUAUGUACCGGCCGGGGCAGGAGCCGCUGCCCAGCGACGACGCUGCCGCCGCCAUGUUUGGCCAGGCCAGCGAAUGCCUGCGUGGGGCAGGCUACGAGCACUACGAGAUCAGCAACUACGCCCUGCCGGGCUCCCGCAGCCGGCACAACACCAUGUACUGGUCUGGUAGCUCCUUUUAUGGGUUUGGCAUGGGGGCAGCAUCCUAUCUCCAGGGGCGGAGGUUCAGCCGACCCAAGUCGCUGCCUGCCUAUUUGCGCUGGCUGGAAGCCUACCGGGAAGGCCCCAGGGAAUCUCCUGGCGCAGAACUGCCCCCGGAGAGCAGGAGGGACGUGCUUCUUGACGCCAUCAUGCUUCGCUCCCGGCUCAGAGACGGCGUCUGGCUGACGGUCCUGGAGGACAUCGCCGGGGACAAGCGGCACGAGCCGGCCCUGCUCUCCGCGCUCGAGCCUCAUGUCGCAGCCGGCCUUGCCUGGCUGGAGCGAGACGGCGAGGGAGCUGCCACGCACUUCGGCCUCACCGAUCCCGAGGGUUUCCUGCUUUCCAAUGACGUUGUCAGCGACAUCUUCCUGGCCCUGGACGAGUCCUGA